CUGGAGCCCCGCAAGGAGCGACGACAGAAAAAUGUCAUUGGAGUUAUUUCGAGACGUGGAUGAAAUUUACUCCGACUUCGGAGGUCGAGAGCUGACCGUAACGGCCAAUAACAACAGCCCCUUCUUCGGAAUGAAGGAAUUCGACAAUGGAUCAUACGUUCCAGAUUCUGGAAUCGAUAUCAGCGUUAUGGACGCUCUCGGAGGUGCCCUCAACUUCACAUACAAAGUCAUGAAACCUGCAGAUGGGAAGUGGGGCGGGCCUCUUCCUGAUGGGACAAUCACUGGCAUGAUCGGGGAAGUUGCCAGAAGAAACGCUCACAUCGCCAUCUGUGAAAUUACUAUCACAGGGCUACGAGAAACUGUGAUCGACUUCACGAGGCCUUAUUUCAUGGAAUCGCUGACGAUUGUCUCAACUGCUCCUGCUGAGAAGAACAGAGCUUUUGCCGCUUUUUCGCCUUUUUCCUCUACGGUCUGGGCGUGCUUAGUUAUCUCAACCAUAGUCAUCGGCCCCGUGCUCUAUCUGGAAACGUUGUUUCUGAAGAGGUUCCUCAAAAUGGAAUUUGGACCACACCACAAUCUGCAGGACUCUUCCUUCAACAUGUUCAGAAGCCUGGUCGUCCAGAAUAAUUGUCUCACAGAAGAUUACCUGGCUCACAAAUUCACGUUCCUUGGCUGGUACCUAUUCUGCUUAAACGUACUAGUGCUCUACUCGGGGACGCUCACAGCCGUGCUGAUAACUCCUACCUUUGAGAAGCCCAUCGAUUAUUUGACCGAUUUACCUGAUGCAGUGAAAGAGGGCGCCACCAUUGCCACUGUUGGAGAUUCGAGCUUUGAAAUGCUUUUCAAGGAAGCCAAAGAAGGCAUCUACAAGGACAUCUGGCAACUUUUCAAUCACAAAGACAGAUCCCAGAGCUUCUUCCCUGGGCCUGACUACGGAUUUGAGAGGAUUAUUCCGAAAAAAGUGAUCUUACUGAAUGCUCAGUUCAAUUCAAGGAUCCGUGCCACCCAGAGGGGUAUCAGCAAGUUCCAUAUAGCAAAACAGUCCUUUUACCCUCAAGGUUAUGGCCUCGUUUGCUUUAGUGGUGCUCCCUUCAUGGGGAAGUUCAACAAAAUGAUAUCGUACAUGGCGGAGGGCGGCCUCAUCAUGAAAUGGGCUGACGACCAGGUGCUCAAGGUGGCCCUGGGGCGGAAGAACACAGAGCAGCUGGACAGUGGAGGAGCUACACCCAUUACACUUAAGCACCUGCAGGCAGCCUUCAUCGUGCUAGCUCUGGGUUACGCGAUAGCAGUGUUGGUGUUGGGAUUUGAAAUCAUUUGGAAAACUUGUUCUUUUGUAUCAGGAUCAGCUGCUGCAAAAUCUUGA